AUGGCGUCUCCUAAAUCAUCAACAAGACCGGUCCAGCAAAACCAAGAACCCAAUUUCCACGAUUUCUUCCCGGCGAUGGCCGGAAACCUCGGAGGAGAAGGUCUAAUCGAAGAGCUCUGCAAAGGAUUCGAGCUUCUGAUGGACGGAGACAGAGGAGUCAUCACUUUCGAGAGCUUGCGCCGUAACGCGUCGGCGGUUCUCGGGCUCGGAGAUCUGACGGACGACGAUGUACGGUGCAUGAUCGACGAAGGAGAUUUCGAUCGAGACGGCGCAUUGAAUCAGAUGGAGUUCUGUGUGCUCAUGUUUAGACUUAGCCCUGAAUUGAUGGAAGCGUCGCGGUGUGUUGUCACGGAGGCGAUCGAGGAAGAGUUUGGUGGUGAUCGAACGCACCGGCAUUGA